AUGCCCAUCGUUAGACCUAGGGCACCUGAAUACCCUAGACCAGUUUCACCAAUCUGCGCCGACGAAAUUCCUAUUUGCAAGGACACAGUCGUGAUCUUUGAUAAGGAUGGUGGGAUUGAAGAGAGCGAGGAGCAGAGAGCGGCGAAGCGACGACGGAUCGAGGCGCACGCGACGGCGUACCUGCGUGGACAGCCUGUGUUCAUUCUUACGGCUGGACUGAGAGGUCCGUUUGGCGACGGAUGGCAAAAUCCUUGGUCCAAACAGAAAGUCACCCGUAUCGAUGAACGUACAACCAGUCAAGCGAGAUCUGAGCAGUUCACCAACCCUACCAAUCUGACGGAUCGGGCUUCACCAACAUCGGCAGGGAAGCAAGAGGGUCAGGCGGCCGCCAAAGCAGAUAUAUACCCCACAGGGCAAAAGAAGGACCCUCACGAAAAUAACCGAGGGUUGAUGCUGAGCUGUACAGGAAAGCGAAGAACUCCAGAUAUUUCUGUUUCUGACGAGGAGCUCGCCUCCAGGGACCCCAAGGUCGAAGACUGGUUGAAGACAAACGAAGCAUACAAGGCAGCAGUUGGUUUACAUCCUGAGCCUACGCCGCCAUCACCGAGCGAAAGAAAAGUGAACCAAGGAGACAAUUCUCGGCCUUUUACGGGCCCCGGCGCUCGGUCCGGUGCAGUUAUUACUAGCUCCAAUUACAGUUACCUCCCUCGUCCCCCUAUAUCGCCUUCAAAACCGGUCAAGCAGCACUUAACAAGCUCGCCGUCUUCUACGAAGUCGCGAACUGGGCCGCCUGACGAAAAGGCAACACAUUCCCCCAGUUCACCUUCGAAACAAAGGCUACGUCAAACACCACUCCUGCAACGUGACAGCAAUGCAAAACCAGCCUGGACAGACCAAUCUAGAGCGGAAUACGCAAUCUUACGGUCGAAGCGUACGACAGAUCAGCCUACAACGGCUGUCACGGAUUCAGACUCUGCUCCUGCUGGUCGAGCCGAUGCGCAGGGGCCAUGUCGACACAUACCCGGACUUUCGCCAUCUGAGGCUCGCGACGAGAGUUCUUUGAAAGGCGUGGCAGACGUCCAUCCCGCCUCCAGCGACGCUUCGGCCCCUCUGAAGACAGCACAAGAAAUGCCUCUACCAGGGCCCCAAGAGGUCGGACCUCCUUCUUUGGAGAAGGAGGCAACGGGGUCAAGUAUAAUGGCCGAGCUUCCGUCAGCUCAGCUCCCCGAAGCUCCCAUUCUACCUUCGCUACCUUCCAAUUUCUCAAGUCACGAUCAAAUGCUUCGUGACAGCUCCCAUCAUGGCGGGCCAGCGUCUGGUCUGGCGGGCAAUCAUGACAACCCGACUGAUCUAGUGCACCCCUCAGACGAUUCUGGACAUAUUGAUAAACACAAUGCUGCGAUGCCUGACCCACAAGCUCUGUCCGAGCCACAAGUCGAAGAUGAAGACGCUUCCAUCCACUCCCCACAGGAGAUAACCAAAGGCAUUGUGGAUCCACUGCUGGUAUCAGACGACCCAACAGCUCCCACUAAAACUUUGCGAGCGGUAUCCGGCGCUGCCUGGGAAGCAAUGCCUUCCGCCGCCGCAAAGAAGACGGGUGCAUCAAAAAGCAGGAAACGACACGUCUUUGUAGUUGAAGAGAAGUCGUCAAGAUCUAUCAAGUCAGCUUUGAAAGUUUCGAAAGCUACUCCUCCGAGUCAAGAAGAUACGGGCAUUUCCAAAACAGUAUUUGAGUACGGUGAUGAUCUGCAACUGGACAAGAACGAAGGUCACAAAUCGCUUCCGCAGGAUGACACAUUCCCAAGGACGGCCCGGGCAGCGUUGUCGCGGAGUAUUCUUAAGGCUUCCUCGCAACACUCCACAGGAGUAUCUGCCUCGAACAAUAUUAGCUCGGCAUCGACGAAGCAACAUGCGCAAAAACAACGAAUGCUCGGUCUGAUCGAGAACGACGACUUCGAUCUAGACGGCGCGAUAGAUGACCUGGGAUCAUUCUUAGACACAUGGGACGCCGAGAAGCACGAAGCGGGAGUUUCGUGA